AAAAAGCUGGUAUAUCAACAUUUCAGCUGGUGCUUGGCUUGAGCAGCUAUAUAACUCCCUCACAGAGAGCCGUAUCUGUGUCAGUCACCCCCCCCCCCCCCAUGAACCCCGAUCGACGAUACCAUGUCUUUUAAUAAAUCUGAUCAUAUAACAUACAGAUGUUUGCCGUACUGUUAAUUAUUCCGGUAUAUAAUUUGCAUCUUUAAAGACAUGAAAACCGGCUACUGUUUGAAUAUGUAUUAGUUCCUAGACGUAAACAUUCAUAAAUUAUUUACGUUACAUGUAUCUCGUGACAUUACUGUUUAGACUAGCCUUGCGUAUGUCUGAGAAGGAGUUGUUGCAAUGGAGUUGCACUCAACAUUUCUACUCUUGAUAAUCGUCGAUCUCUGUUGGGUGAGAGGAGUAUAUGGUCUCGCCGGGAAUCCGUUAGGGCUGGAGAGUGGGGUUCUUCCAGAUUCAAGCUUCACAGCUUCUAGUGAAUAUAACCAAAACCAUGCCCCUUGGAGGGGGCGGUUAAAUCUGGUAGGAGUUCCAAACAGAGCUGGAGCCUGGGUUGUUGGAGUAACGAAUGCCGAUCAGUGGAUUCAGGUUGAUCUGUUAGCUACGUACCGCCUCACCGGAGUGGCAACACAAGGUCGUCAAGAUUACGCUCAGUGGACAACUAGCUACAUCGUUUCCUGUAGCAUGGAUGGUCUAAUAUUCAAUACAGUGAAAGACCCUGUCAACCCUAGCUCUGACAAAACAUUCCCUGCCAACAUUGACCAAAACACUGAGGUAUUUAACCCGUUGCAUGAAGAUAAGAUUUGCCGUUACGUUCGCCUACAACCUGUUACAUGGCAUGGUAACAUUGCCUUACGAAUUGAGCUUUAUGGAGAAGGACCGAUAGAAAUCACAACAACGGAGGAAGUGACAACGACGAACAGGCCCACCACGACAACGUUACAACAUGAAGCAAUGACAACAAGCACAGGUCUUGCCGGGAAUCCGUUAGGGCUGGAGAGUGGGGUCAUUCCAGAUUCAAGCUUUACAGCUUCUAGUGAAUACAACGCAAACCAUGCCCCUUCGAGGGGGCGGCUAAACAUAAUAGCGGAUUCAAAUGGAGCCGGAGCCUGGGUUGCUCGAGCAAGUAAUGCCGACCAGUGGAUUCAGGUUGAUCUGUUAGCUACGUACCGCAUCACCGGAGUGGCAACACAAGGUCGUCAAGAUUACGCUCAGUGGACAACUAGCUACAUCGUUUCCUGUAGCAUGGAUGGUCUAAUAUUCAAUACAGUGAAAGACCCUGUCAACCCUAGCUCUGACAAAACUUUCCCUGCCAACAUUGACCAAAACACUGAAGUGUUUAACCCGUUGCCUGAAGAUAAGGUUUGCCGUUGCGUUCGCCUACAACCUGUUACAUGGCAUGGUAACAUUGCCUUACGAAUGGAGCUUUAUGGAGAAGGACCGAAAGAAGUCACAACAACGGAGGAAGUGACAACGACGAACAGGCCCACCACGACAACGUUACAACCUAAAGCAAUGACAACAAGUGCAGGUCUCGCCGGGAAUCCGUUAGGGCUGGAGAGUGGGGUCAUUCCAGAUUCAAGCUUUACAGCUUCUAGUGAAUAUAACGCAAACCAUGCCCCUUCGAGGGGGCGGCUAAACCUAAUAGCGGAUUCAAAUGGAGCCGGAGCCUGGGUUGCUCGAGCAAGUAAUGCCGACCAGUGGAUUCAGGUUGAUCUGUUAGCUACGUACCGCAUCACCGGAGUGGCAACACAAGGUCGUCAAGAUUACGCUCAGUGGACAACUAGCUACAUCGUUUCCUGUAGCAUGGAUGGUCUAAUAUUCAAUACAGUGAAAGACCCUGUCAACCCUAGCUCUGACAAAAUAUUCCCUGCCAACAAUGACCAAAACACUGAAGUGUUUAAUCGGUUGCCUGAAGGUAGGAUUUGCCGUUACGUUCGCCUACAAGCUGUUACAUGGCAUAGUAACAUUGCCUUACGAAUGGAGCUUUAUGGAGGGGGACCGAUAGAAGUCACAGCAACAAAUCCAACAACGGAGGAACUGACAAUUACUACCAAGCCCACGACGACAACUUCGCAACCUGAAGCAAUGGCAAAAAGCACAGACACGGUAACCGUCUUUACACCCGCUGCGACCCCGGCCUGGGGCCGUGCCUUGACACCUCAACUAAGGACUGCUGCAAGCUUGAGCACGACAGUUGAAUUAACGACACCUGAUGGAUUGACGACACCUGAUGGAUUGGCUACACCCGAUGGAUUGGCGGCACCCGAUGGAUUGGCGACACCCGAUAGAUUGUCGACACCUGAUGGAUUGUCGACACCCGAUGGAUUGGCUACACCCGAUGGAUUGGCGGCACCCGAUAGAUUGGCGACAACUGAUGGAUUAUCGACUCCUGAUGGAUUGUCGACACCCGAUGAAUUGUCGACACCCGAUGAAUUGACGACACCUGAUGAAUUGGUGACCCCUCUUCAUUUUACACAAACCGAAGCAGUGUCAUCUCCAACUGGUGUGCGGGAAUGGCUUCUGGAGAUGAAAAACGAAGAUGUUAUAUUUCUUUCAUUUGGUAUCCCCAUAGUCGUGUAUUUCAUCUGUUUGUGUAUGGCUCUUCUUCUUCGUAUUAUUUUCCUUCUAAGUGGGACUAAAAAGGAACCACCGGAGUUGGAACAGCCACAGCGGAUGUAUGAACUGGUCAAUCUGUGAUCUAAUGACAGCGAGAACACUGACCAGAUGACAUAGAUCAUGUAGAAUUCACUUAUCUAUUUCUGAUAUACUUUCUUAUAUAUCACCAAUUUAAUUGCAAGUUAUAUCCCUCAUUAUAUAUUAAUCUUAACAGGUGAUUGGUCUAAACCUGGCCAUGUGACCAAAGAUAGUCCCAACCAAUGUCACUAAAUUGGCAAAAAUGCCAUGAAUCCAGACAUGACGUCACAAGCCGGGAAUAGUACCCCGAGCAGUAUAUGUAGUUAAAAAAAUUAUGGCUUGGCGGGCGGGGCUUAGGCCAAUCUUUUGAAACAGAGUGCCCGUACACACAGUGAGCAAUUAACUUUAUCAAAUUUUAUUGAUAAUUUCACAUCUUGUUGUUUUUAAUAUAUUUAUUCAAUUACAUUUCCUAACUGUUGUAUGUAUGCAUGUAUAUGAUGAUACCGAUUUCUGAUAUAAACCAGGUAUGUACGGUCUCCGUUUGGGGGUUGGGUGAUGGAACUAUGGUCACGUUCCGGCGUCACUUCGGGAAUCCAUCCACCGCCUCUGAGGGCCGUACAUAUUUGUUGACUAUAUAAAAUAAUGAAGCGUUAAUAAUAUUCUUGCAAAUCGUCAGAAUCAGCGUAGUUAUACUUGAUUGGUUGAAAACACGGUUUCGUCUAUGCUUGUUUCAUUUAAACAACGUUUUAACCAGAACGCCGAUCGUAAACUUACUAAGGUGCGUUUCAAAACGUCGUUUGACCAGAAUCAGGAUUUCUGGGGAGGUAUGAGCAGGACCACGAUCGUCCACGUGUUUAAAUGCCGAGUUUUCGAUCUUCUUCGACUGCAACGUAGUUCUAGUUGACCGGAAGCGGUGACACCGCUCGUUCAUUAUCACAUUCGUACAUUGAUGAAAACAGUUUCGAUUUCAGUCGACGUACCCGUACAAGGCCACAGCAUAUACCAGCGGGCCGUGAGCCGAUGCUCGGCCGGAGGAUCAGGCGUAGAAUCACGCCACGAACCAGUGGGGCGACUUGAGGUGCAACAUUUGCACUCUUGCUCUUCGAAUACCUAUAAACGUUUUAAUGUAUGUGACAACAUAAUGAAUUAUAUCAAUAUGAAUCUCAGAGUGCAGACAACAAUAUAAACUAAUAUCAAGGGAAUGGAUCGUUCAACUUACACAAUUUUAUGAUACUACACUGAAAAUAUGUAUUUUGAGGAGAGAUGCAUGAAUUGCGAAACUCUUACUAUCAUUACUACUAAUCCUCUAAUUUGUCAUCACGAUGAAUGUUGAGGGAUCUUUUUUUACAAACGGAACAUGAGGUAUGAUGAGGAAAAAUCGCUGAGCCAGAAGUUCCAGUAGCAUAAACAAAUUGUUGUCUUAUUAUUUUUGUGUACUUUGGCUAUGUCAUGGAUUUCUAGGUAAUUAAUAAAAUAUAGGAUAUUGUUCGAAGUUAAUAUAAUAGUCGACCAUAACAACACUCGGAAAAAAGUUUCGAAAAAGGGCACGCACAAUUUGACCUCGCUAACCUGCUCAACGAAAAUUCCGAUUCGAAUCAAAGCCAGCUGCAGAUCGCGAUUUCGCCACUGAAAAAUGAAAGGGAAUCCAACCGAAAUAGAAUCUUGUUUUUAAGAGGGAAGAGAAAAAUCAGACAAGUUGGAAGUGAAAUUUUGAAGAAUAUCAGACAAACAAUGAGAUAGAUGAAUUUUUGUGAUGUAAUAGUGAUGUAAGGCAAGGAGUAAUCUUCCAUGUACUCCAAUACAUAAAAUGGCUAUAAAAAAAAUUUUAGUUUUACUUCACAUUCUAUUUUUUUUUUCAUGAGGACAUAACACAAUAUACUACCUGGGUUUUGAUUAAUGCCCCAGGGAAUAAAUGUAAUAGGAGAAAAUCACAAAUCCCUGAUAAGUAAGUACACGACCUAUGGGAAAGUGUUCCUUGUCCCUUGUCAUUAUGUGCGGCGUGUAAAGUGAUUCCAGGCAUGGGCGGAAAUCCCAGGGGGGACACGUCCCCGUAGCCAAAAUAGUAGGGGGGACACAAUAUAAAAUGUCCCCCUACUAUUUUUGGUCUUUGUUGAUGGAGAAUGAUACAUCUCUUCACGAUCGAAAAAAUACAUUAUUUUGGACAAAAUGACCUUAAUUUUGGGUGAAAACUUGUCAAUUUUUUUGUCUCGCCUGCAUGCAUAGCAGAGCGAGACUAUAGGCGCCGCUUUUCCGACGGCGACGGCGGCGGCGGCGUCAACAUCAAAUCUUAACCUAAGGUUAAGUUUUUGAAAUGACAUCAUAACUUAAAAAGUAUAUAGACCUAGUUCAUGAAACUUUGCCAUAAGGUUAAUCAAGUAUUAUUGAACAUUAUGCCCGAGUUUCAGGUCACAUGACCAAGGUCAAAGGUCAUUUAGGGUCAAUGGACUUAGGUCAAGUUGGGAGUAUUUGUUGAAUUACUGUCAUAACUUUGAAAAUGUAUGGAUCUAGUUCAUGAAACUUGGACAUUAGGUUAAUCAAGUGUUACUGAACACCCUGCCUGAGUUUCAGGUCACAUGACCAAGGUCAAAGGUCAUUUAGGGUCAAGAACUUUGGCCAAGUUGGGGGUAUUUGUUGAAUUACCAUCAUAACUUUGAAAAUUUAUGAAUCUAGUUCAUGAAACUUGUACAUUAGGUUAAUCAAGUACCCUGAAUAUCCUGUGCGAGUUUCAGGUAACAUGACCAUGGUCAAUGGUCAUUUAAGGUCAAUGAACUUUGGCCGUGUUAGGGGAAUUUGUUGAAUUAACAUCCUAACUCUGAAAGUUUAUGGAUCUAGUUCAUAAAACUUGGGAUAUAAGGGUAAUCAAGUAUCACUGGACAUCCCCUGUGAGUUUCAGGUCACGAAUCCAAGGUCAAAGGUCAGUUAAGGUCAAUAAAAUUAGGCCAUGUUGGGGUAAUUGUUGAAUUGCCAUCAUAACUUUGAAAGUUUAUGGAUAGAGUGAAUAAAAUGUGGACAUGGGUGUAGUUGACAAGUCUUUAGUCACCGUUCAAAUGUAAUUUAUGGUCAAUGAACGUGUUAUUAUGUUAUUAUAUUAAUGGUGUUUUUGUGAAUUAUUAUUUUAUAGUAGUUUUCAAAGUUAGGACUGCUGCUGUAUUAAAUCGCGUAAUGCAGGCGAGACUGCCUGAGGCGUUCCACUUGUUUGGGUUAAAAUGACCUUACUUUUUUGGUAAUAACCUUCCUUUUUUUUGGGGGGGGGAGGGCUUGUCAAAUUUUCCACGCUCUGGUCCCCCCCCCCCUACUUACAGAUUUCCGCCUAUGAUUCCAGCGGCACUGGGGGAAAAGCAUCGGGGUAGGGAGCAAUCGUGCGCGCUCCCCCUUCUCCCUAGCUCCCCAAUAAAAAAUAAAUAGAUAGAUGAAUAGAUAGAUAGAUGGAUGAAGGAAGAAAGAGAGAGAGAAAGAAAGAAAGAGGAGAAAGAAUAUUUGGGAAGACGGUAACAAAUUUCAACUUGCAUUAUACAAGCAACAUUCAACCGUGCCCAACCUUGUUAACUUCCUGAAGGAUCAUAAUACUUGCCCCUACAUCUCAAAUUUCUUUCGUUGCGCCUGUGUAACUUCAAGCUAGUAGAAGGGGUGUUCGGGGGUUCGAUCGACCCCCCCCCCUCCAAAAAAAUCUAAAGCAAGAAAAAAUAGGAAGUUAAACAGUUUUAGGGGGACAACACGAUGCCCAACAAUAGUCACAUUUUUUUUUUUUUUUUUUGGGGGGGGUCUUGUCUUUACUAAAUGGCCAACAGUUUUGACUGCUGACUCCCCCCCCCCUUUUUUUUUUUGGCUUGUCAAAGAGAAGUCUAAUCGGGGAGGCUCUGGCGGGGCUGAACUCUAACAUGAUUGUUCAGCUUAGUUUAACCUCCAAAUGGAGUUUGGACUCCUGGCUCUGGAGCAUCACAGAACGAUUAGGAGAAUUAGAGAACUGGGGAGGGCGGAUGGCCUGUAAAAACUGUAAAAACUACAGAAAAUCUGUAAACCUUGCCCCAUUCAUUUUCUCCCCCCAAUCUUUAACAGUUUUGUAUGAUUAAUAAUAUUAAUGCAACGGUAACGUGAACGAAAAAUAGAUCAACCAAACAAUCAAUCAAUUAACCAUGUUCGUUAAUAAACAAUCAAUCGAAACCUUUACAAAACAAGAAACAAGAAGUGGACAAUGGGGCACAUUGGGCUUUAAUGCAGAAAAUUUCAUAAAAACUCUUAUUUUAAAACGCUUUUUACCCAAAUCCGGACCCAAAUCAUCCCCAUAGCCACUAUCGCUGUCGUACUGGGGGUACAGGGGCUUGGGGAUAUUGCCCCUCCAAUUAACUAUUAUUACCGAG